UAUAGAAAUCUCUUUUACUUGUCUAUUAUCUUAUUCUGGUUUGAUCGCGGUAUAAAUAAAUAAAUAAAAGACUAUGCCUUACGGACAACUUGAAGUUUAUGUUGGACAUGCAAGAGGCCUUGAUGACCAAAAUUGGCUCACUGAUAUGAAUCCAUAUGUGGUCAUUACAUGUCAUACUGAAGAGAAGAAAUCCAGUGUUGCAUCAGGCGAGGGAGAGGAUCCAGAGUGGAAUGAGUCCUUCUUAUUCACUAUUUCUCGUGGUUGUGACGAUGUUCACAUCAAGGUUAUGGAUGAAAAUACAUUUCAAGAUGACGAUUUCAUUGGGGAAACAACAAUUUCAUUAGAGGAAGUGUUUCGCGAAGGAGAAGUUGAAACAACAACAUAUGAUCUUUAUAAGGACGAUGAAAAUUGUGGAUCCGUCAAAAUUGGCCUCACUUUCACACGCGAGGAGAGGGAUGAAUAUGACGAGGACUACUAGUUCAUACUUUCGAACCAAAACAAGUUGAGCUUAUGAAAAGGUCCUUGGGUUACCCAUACAACAAAAAAUAGUCCCGAGAGUAUAUUAUGAAAUGAUAUUGAAUUGUUUAAUUUAGUUUAAUUAUUAUAUUCUAGAUUUUGAUUCGAAUAACAUAGGAAUUGUUUUUUUUGUGUAUUAUUUCAAUAUGAAUUAAAUGUAAAAAUUGUGAUACACGUUAUAGCAAAUACUACAUUUGUGUCA